AUGCUGGUAGUUCCGGUAGUGCUCAAAGACGACGUGCUGCUGCUGCCUCCAGCAUUGCUAGACACGCUGGUAGUUCCGGCGUUGCUCAAGGACGACGUGCUGGUGCUGCCUCCGGAAAUGGUGGAUGAUAGCGUGCUGCUCGUUUUGCUACCGGUCGAGGACGACGAUGUUGAUCCGCUCUGUGGCCCGACGGUCUGA